GCGGUGGCGUGGCCCGCGGGGACGGUGAACCCUCGGGGCUGGCUUGCGGGUGGUGUAGGCGUUUAUCUGGAACCCGGUUUCUGGAACCUGUAGAGUACGUCUCCAUCCCGGCGUCUCCGGAGGGCUGAAGACGGAUAUUGGCGAUGUCAGCUCCGCCAUGUUAUGGGCCGCCUCCUUCCACUGGACACCUCACCUACCUACAGGACAGCACAGGGAACAUCGACCUUUCCUUCGUCAGGCCAAAGAUGCCUCUCUUUGGGAACACGUUCAGCCCGAAGAAGACUCCACCUCGGAAGUCUGCCUCUCUGUCCAACCUGCAUAACUUGGAUCGGUCAACCCGGGAGGUGGAGCUGGGCCUUGACUAUGGAACCCCCACCAUGAACCUGGCUGGACAAAACCUGAAGUUUGAGAAUGGCCACUGGAUAGCAGAGGCAGGGAUCAGUGGAGGCGUGGACCAGAGGGAGGCUCUGCGCCUCCGGAAGCGGAACCAGCAGUUGGAAGAAGAGAACAGUUUGUUGCAGAUGAAAGUGGACCUCCUGCUUGACAUGUUCUCCGAGACCACUGCCGAAUUCCAAAUAAUGAAGAAGGAACUGAAUGAACUGAAGAGUGUCAACCGGAGAAGGAAGUGAAGGCCUCCAGAAACACUCGUUAGGAGAAUAGGGAGAAAUCUGCUAAUCAGGGAGUUUUUCUUUUUUGUUUGUUUGUUUUGUUUUGCUUUUUUUAGCCAAACUAGUGGAGUUGGUCCUGGGAGAGAAUGCCAUGUAAUGGGACUCUCAGUUGUGAUUCACAAACUUCCCUUCCAGCGUUUGGUGCAAGAAAUCGCUCAGGACUUGAAAACGGAUGUGCGCUUCCCGAGUGCAGCUACUGGUGCUCUGCAGGAGGCGAGUGAGGCCUAUCUGGUUGGCCUUUUUGAAGACACCAGCCUUUGUGCUGUCCAUGGCAACCAUGUAACAAUUACGCCAAAAGACAUUCAGCUAGCAUGCCGCAUACAUGGAGAAUGUGCUUAAAAUCCACUAUGAUGGGAAACAUUUCCUUGUUUUAAAAAAAAAAUCUCUUCCUGUUAUUGGUAGUUCUGAAUGUUUUCUCUCCCCCACCCCCCACGUGGACUCAAAAGGUAUCUAAGUAUACGAGCAAGUGGAAAAUAGGGAACAGAGGAAGUGAGAAAUCAGGUGUUGGCAGUUUUUCCAUUUUCAUUUGUGUGUGAAUUUUUAAAAUAUAAAUGUGGGGACAGAAAGCAUUAACACAGGUCAAAAUGUUCCAGUGAACAAUUUUAGCAGUUCAACUUUAUGACAAUAUAAAUAACCCUGCUAAAUUUUUUCUGGAUAAUGCCAGCGUUGGAUUUUUAAAAACAAGUAAAUUU